AGGUAAACAUGGAUGGUGUACAUAUAUAGGUGUUGUGAUUACAAGACCUCAUUACAGUCUGGGCACCUGCUCACUCAUUAGCAGCCACCUCACUGCCUGUUCCUGACACAUGAGCUAUAUAUAUACUCAGAACCUGUUCUAGGUAUAGCAUAGCUGGUCCCCUAUCUGUCUGAAAAAAAGUGAUUUGGUACGAGUGCCUUUGCUCUUAAGAUACUUGACCUCUGAAUAUGGACUUAGAACAGAAAAUCCGUGAUGUACAAAGUGCUAUCCAACAUCUGGAGGCUAUCAAGUCACACCUGGACAAAAACACUAAUGAAGUGAAGAGCAACAUGAACACUACAUUCCUGCGUCACUUACGGUCCUUGUGGAAUCGUCAGGUAUUCCUGUUCAGUCAAGUAGACCUCAUUCACAGCACUAAGGAGGAAGUACUACAACGCCAGCUGGUGCGCCUUCACACCCUGCUAACCAGUCUGCAGAGUCAGCUUGGGCAUGAAGAUGGCACUAUGCUCUUUGACAUGAAUGACCUGAGGCCGGAGGAGUCCCCCUACAUCAGUUUCAGGGCAGACACUGCCUCCCUCAAGGAAGCUAUACUCAACUAUGGACGUGUGGACCACACUGGGUUUCCUCUGACCUCACAGUUCAUGGACCCACGAAGCCCAGCAGCCAGUCUGCCACCUCACUUUGAGGACUACGACGAUGCUGAACAUCAUAUCCUGUAUAAAACUGUGGAGGAGAUUAAACAUGCCAAAACCAACAGUCGUAAUAUUGAUGUCCAUAUACCAAAGCUGUCUGCCCGUCCUGAAGACUGGCUGACCCACUCCACUGCCACUACUACCACCGCAUCCGCCUUACAGCCAGCAUUUGCCUUCCCAACUUUUAGUAAAGACCCCAGUGAUUGGCUAAAAUCGUCCGCUACUGAGGUAUCUGGCUCAGGUCUACAACCUAUCAUGUCUGUUAUUUCUCCAGAUGUACUGAAUGCUUCCCCAUCAGUGUCGUUCUGCAGUGCAUCAAGUGUAACGUCGGGUACAAGUAUUCCCCGAGGAAUACCGACUGCCUCGUCCACUACCUCAAGCAUUGACACAUGGCUGCUCCAGAUCAAACAAAACCCAGAUAUGGAGGAGGAAGAUGAUUUUGAGAUUGUUGAUGGAUCAGGAGCUACAGGAGUCUAUGACACUGAGGACAUUGCUGACCAACCCUCUGGGACCACUCCCUCAGUAGACAUACACCGCUGGACUGCCUCACCAAGUGUGACCUGGCUUAAGUCAGAGUCCCAAUCGACAGGUACUCCUCAGGUGGUUGGACAUGAUGUGAUUGCCAAUUACCUGGCCAAAAGGGACAAUGACCUGUCGGUGUGGCUGGCACCAAAGCAGAAGACAGGCUGCUGUGGGGAUUCCUGCUGUGACAAACCUGCCAAAUCUGUUGAGAUAGAAAAUCUAGGCGACUAUCUGGCUGACAAGCUUUGGAUCAAGUGCAACAAAAACAGUGAGAAAUCAGGACAAGUUAGUGGCCUGUGCAAGGCAAAUGAACCGUGUCAGUCCUUCAACGAUUGUUUAGGAACACCCUCCUGCCUCGAGGAACACCAAGAAAGAGUCAGUGGCAUGGAUGUCACUGAUUUGCCUGGUUUCAGUAUCUUCAAACAUAGCAAUGACAACCAGACAUGGCUUGCCAACGGAGGAAAGAAUGUAGGACCGACAACCCGAUGUGUGGGAUUUGAACAUUUUCAGCGAGCAAGUAGAGAAAUUAAGGAUUGGUUACUGAAUGAAAAGGACACCUGCAGUCAGCCUAAAAAAGCACAUGCAAUGACCAUCACUGAGGUCCUUGGGAACACUGACAGCCGGGUAUGGUUGCAUCUGGAUGAGGCUAACAAACUACCACCAUUAAGCACUCCUUUCCAGUCAUGUGGCACGUGGGACCAACUUAUUAAGCAACAUGGUGAGAUUGGAAGUGACCAGUGGCUCCUACCCCCCAAUGUCCAUAGCAUCACCGAUAUUGGUAAGGUCACACAAGACGUCGACCAAGAGAUAUGGUUGUUGCACAAAGAAAGCAUGGAAACUGAAAUCCCUUCCAAGGAACAAGCCAUAGAAGUACCCUAUAUUCACGAGAAUAAUGCAUUCUGGCUGCAUGACUGAACUGUUUCCUUACCUCUGGUUUUGGACUAACAUUGAACUUUCAUUGAUUGAAGACUUAUUCUUGUUACCUAGGUUAAGGUUCAAAUUAAGACCAUCAGUGACAUGAAUGGUGUCUCCACUGUUGAUAUGCUUGAAUUCGUAUACAUUUCACAAGAUCUUAGCACUCGAAUGGUCCGCAAAAUAAUUGUGAUAUUUUGUGCAAUAAAUUAGUGAUAGUUCUAUGUAAAAUGAAUUCAUAAAAAAAUGAUUACCUUGGUAUAUAUGGAUAAGUCUGUGAAUGUAUUGUUUAUAAGUUAUACAUAGGAUCAUAAUGAGUUCCCAGUCUGUGACUACAAUGUGUUAUUUACCCCUACAUAAAAUCAUAAAUGAGUUCCCAUUUCCACAAGAUUUAUGAAAAAGUCUCAGAAUAUGUUUAAGAAAGUUUACUAUGGCUAAAAAGAUAAGUUACUGGUGAGCUUCAUCAAUCUCGUAAAAUAUAAACAAAUUAAAAAACUUUUUUUUUAUGGCAAAACCAAGAAUUUCAUACAAAAAAAAUGAAAAAAAUAUGUGUUCUCCCUCAGAUUUUGAAUAAUGCAAAUCCUCUGUGUAACCCAGGAAAUAUGUGAAACAACUAGAUCUUAUUUAUUUUUAUUGGUAACUUUUUACCUGUUGAUAAUUGGUCUGAAGUAUAAUCAAUUUAGAUAUUUUAUUCAAUUUUUGAGAUGACAUUUGAUUUCCUUGUGUACUUGGUGCAGACAGUAUGUAUUAAGUAAGUAUUUGUAAGAAAGGUCUAAUGUUGUACAGUCUGUAGACAUUCGUUUCUACACUGAGAAUAAUAUAGGUUUAUGCAGUGGAAUUUCUUUGGUUGCCAUGACUAAAUUUAUGUUGAGAUAAUUCUACAACAAAAAAGACAGGACUCGGUACCAGACUGGACGACCUCAACUUUUUGUGUAAAAAAAUUGGUACACUGUGUUAUACAUAUAAUGCAUUUCUUUGUCAAUGUGGAAGUUUAUAAUGCAUUUUGGCAAUGUGAAAAUUUAUAAUGCAUUUUGUCAAUGUGUGAGUUUAACAUGCGAUAAUUUCACUGAUACAUUGUAUAUAUAUAUAUAUAUAUAUAUACGUAUUUGUCAUGGUUGAAGUUUAUAUUCCGUUUGUCAAUUUGAAAGUUUAUAAUGUGAUUCUACCAUUGUAAAAAGUUAAUGCAUUUCUGUUUAUGUGAAAGUAUAAUACAUUUCUGGUUAUGUAAAAGUUUAAUGACAUUCUUUCAGUGUGAAUUUUAUCUAUUGAAACUGUGAUAAAAAUUCCUGUAAAAUGAAGGUAUAUACUAAUAGUUCCACUCUAAAUAAGGUAAUUAUUUUUUAUUAAAAUCCCCCUCCCCGGUGAUGGCCAUACAACCAGGUAAAUGCAGGUGUAUGGUUCUGCUGAAAUGUAUUUGUUACUAUUCCCUUUCUCUACUCUAGUCAAAACAUCAGAUGCUUAUUACAUACCUUGAAUGUUAGUUUGUUACUUUGCACAUGCUGAAUAGAUGUGUAGGAUAUUUCAGACUAUUAUCUUUCCAAUCAAUGUUAAAGAUGAAAAUAAUGUAUUAUUCUCAUAUUCCACUUCCAUUGCUUGCAGUUAAGUAUAUUCAAGGUGAUUCAUUUCAUAAAACAUGUUAUUUCUAAUAAAAUAACAAUUUAUGUUAAGUUCAUACAGAUGUCUUCAAAACAUAAAUGUGGGACAUCAGCUAAUUUGUAACACUUUGUAAAUACCAUGGAAGUUGUUGAUGAGCGAAGCCAUCGAGGCGAGAGUUUUUACGCCUUUCCUCCCACCAUUUUACUUCGGUAUAUGAAUAUGUAUCUGGCCCCAAAACAGAAACUCUGUUUAACAGAGUCAAAUAUAUUCACCUUGAAGAAUUGUUGGUAUUAUAUAUAAUCAGAAGGCUUUUAUUGAUGGAGCCAAUAUUAAGAAUGUUGUGGUAGAAGGACAAAUUCAUAUGAGUGAAUUAAGAUUUGAAUUGAAGUGUUUCAUUUUGGUCCUGACAGCACAGACAAUACAUGAAUUGUAUUGAUCUGGUUUACUGGUUCCUGUUCAGUAUUGUUUUGAUUCAUUGUAACACAGAGCAGUAAUCACGAGCCAGUGAAUUGGUCUCCUUACAUUUACAUUAAGAGGAUCAGAAUUGUAUAUAUAGCUCUGAUGGCUUUCAGCUACACAGUAAUUCUCUACAUGUAGACAAUUUUGUCAAAUAUAUAUAAAAUGAUCUGCUGAAUAUGUGUGUAUUGUUGUGUAGAUAACGAAUUGUAUAUGAAAUGAUCAGAUAUAAUAUCAUGUACUAGUUUUUCAUGGUUUUACCUGUGUAAGAGUGGUCUUGGCUGUCAAAGUGAAGGGUUGUGCUACUAUUUUCUACAUCCAUAUUAGCAUGAUUUUAGCAUCUCUCUUAAAAGUGUUAGGAAGAAAUUAAUUUCCAUGUUUGAAUCAUUCAAAAAGCUGCUGACACAACUAAAGUUACACGAGUUGGGACAGUGCAAAAGUCAACAAAAUAUGCAUACAUUAAUUUUCCUGGUGCAGGGGCAUUGUUAAUACUAAUAGUUGCAGACAUAAAUGAUCAACGCAGGGGAGAACUUUGAAUGCUAACUACAUCAGUCAUGAUGAUGUAGAAGGGAAAUUUGAAUGAAAAUUACAGGCAGAAGUUACGAUAAUGUAGAAGCAUUUGUUUUAUUUUAGUACAAAUGACUGUCAUGAGUUAUUACAGUGCAGAGGGCAACGGUAAGAAAAAAAAUGCAGGCAUUAUUUAUGACAAUGCAGAAAGAAAUUAACAAAAAUCACUGAUAUGUGUUAGGAGAGUGAGGGUGAGAAUUGUCAAAGGUACGGUACAUACAUGUGAUAUGAAUUUGAAGGAAAAGUUACGCUAUCAAUACAAGGCUAGAUGUGUCGUUGAUAAAUUGGUAUUCCUUCAUCACCAGCAGUGUCUGGAAUAAGGAAGAUUGUUGGACAUGGAAUCCUGUGUAUUGACAAAGUGAAUUGAAGAAUGAAGUUGAUAUAUUAUGUACAUGUUCAUCUGUUGCAAAAUAAAUAUUUAUUCUGAUA